AUGGACCUAACUCAAACUACCCAAAAGCCAGAGGAAAGUGCCAAUGAUUUCAUAAUGAGAUGGAGGAGCCUCAAUCUCCAAUGCUCGGAGAAAAUUACUGAGCAAUCAGCAAUGCAAAUCCGCUACAACAACCUCAUGACAGACAUUGCAACUUUUGUUGCCAUCAGUGAAACCCAAUCAUUUGAUGCUUUGGUGUCAAAGGCGAGUAAUGUUGAACGAUAA